AUAUUCAGCCAUCGCCUGUUGUUUAACGUCGGUAUUUUCAAGUGACUUGGGACUUCUAUUAGUAAAGUGAAAAAUUGUUUUUCUCUACUGUGCAAAAAAUAGAAAAAAGAAAUAUUUAGAUAUUUUAUAUUUAAAAACUACAAAUUUUAUUAUUAAUUUUGAUAAAAACCACAGCACACUACUUUAAACACAAAUUUUUUGCUUAAUAAAAAGCUCAACAGUUUUGAGAAGAUAGAAAAUAAAAAACGACAAGUAUAAAGAAAAUAUAAAAAAAGAAAAAAAUGCAAGCAAUCAAGUGCGUCGUGGUGGGUGACGGUGCAGUCGGUAAGACCUGUCUACUCAUCAGUUAUACGACAAAUGCUUUUCCGGGAGAAUAUAUACCCACCGUAUUCGACAACUACUCGGCCAAUGUUAUGGUAGACGCCAAGCCCAUUAAUCUGGGCCUUUGGGAUACAGCUGGCCAGGAGGAUUAUGAUCGUUUGCGUCCACUGUCGUAUCCACAGACUGAUGUGUUUUUGAUCUGUUUCUCUUUGGUGAAUCCGGCUUCAUUUGAGAAUGUACGAGCCAAAUGGUAUCCGGAGGUACGCCAUCACUGCCCCAACACACCCAUUAUAUUAGUGGGUACUAAAUUGGAUUUACGAGAUGACAAGAACACCAUUGAAAAGUUGCGCGAUAAGAAACUGGCGCCCAUCACCUAUCCCCAGGGAUUGGCUAUGGCCAAGGAGAUUGGAGCUGUUAAGUAUUUAGAGUGUUCAGCUUUGACACAAAAAGGCCUAAAGACUGUUUUCGAUGAAGCUAUACGUUCAGUAUUGUGUCCAGUUUUGCAGCCCAAGUCCAAACGCAAAUGUACGUUACUAUAAUUUCACAAAAAAUCUGGAAAUUCUUAAGAAAAAACAAAAGCACACACUUUAACGCAAAAAUAAUAAUAAUAACAACAAACUUACAUUGAAACAAAGAAAAUUUGCAAAAACACACAUACACACUAAUAUAGAAAGGAUAGGAAGAAAAAAGGAAGCGUUCUGCAGCACUAGCUGUAACAAGGAUAGAUAGACAGACAAGUAAAGGAGUAAUUGUAAACCGCCAGCCAAUAUUUAUAUAUAUAUAAAAACAAAACAAAAACAAUACCAAUUUUUUUGUACACUAAUUGUAGCAAUAGUCAAUAAAGUAUGAAGUCAAUAUGGUCUUCCAGACCUUGAUAAAACAAAAAAAUAUUGUCACCAGGUCAACGUGUUUUAACGUUUAACAAAACAACAAAUCACCAGAUUCAAUAUAAAAAUCCAUAUUUUCUAUUUCCACAAAAGUUUUUCACAACAUUUACUAAAACUCUAAUUUUAUGAAAAAAAAGGAUAAUUUUCUUCAGACUUUUUCUAUUGAGAACUAUGACUAACCUUAUUUUUCUUGUAGAAUGUUUGUAGGUGUAUUUGCAGCUUAAAAUUUGCUUAUUAAUUUCUUAUUUUGUUUUUUAUAUAAAAUAGUUUCAGUUCCCUUAUAUGAAUAAUCUAUAAUAUUUGUUUAUUAAAGGUAUUAUUUUAAAAAGUAUUUGCUUUCAAAUUAAGUUAAUGGCUGAUUUUUCGUAAAACCAAAACCUUUAAUUAUAGAUUUUUGAUAUUAAAUUGUUUAACCUCCAGUUGAUUUAAUUACUGUUUAUAUGUUAUUUUAAAGAUAUACCUAUCAGCAGUUUUAUUAUAAAAUUUUGCUUAACUGUGAGUAUAUCAAUAACAUAACUGCACAACUGCAGUUGGAGUAAUAAGAGCUCCUUAAUGACUUCUUUUUUAAAUACUUUAUAAUGUUCUUUAUUAGUCUGAAACAUAAACAUUUAUUUAUUUUAUAAUAUUUCAAAGUUUGGGGAAUUAUUUUCUAGUUCUUAACAUAUUUUUUGGAGAUUCUAAUUGGAAUUUUAAUAAGAUUUUAAUUAACAUCUAGAUAAUCUGUUAAGAACUGGAUUUUAAAGUUUAAGUUUAAAUGUUUGAAAGUUUAAUGUUAAUUUUAUAUAUUUUUUAUUUUAUUUUCUAACAGUUUAAAGUAAACAAAAUCGUUUAUAGCUUUCACCUUGUUGAGAAGAAUACAUAUAGAUAAGUUUGUCCAACCAUUUGUAAUGUCUGUCUGUCCAUCUGACCUUAAUUCAGUUUAAUUGUUGAAAUCGAGUUUCUAAAGAUCAACGACAACGACAUAUUAUCAUCAAGGGGUUACUCUGUAUUUUCAAAAGAAAAAGUUUACUAAACUCAAUGUUUUUAAAAGACAUAAUCGAAAUUGUUAGCUAUCGAUUCGAAUUUCUCAGUAACCCGCAAAUUUUUUUGAGGUUUACGCAUUAAUUAAUAUUUUUAUUAAAAUAUACCAUGGUGAAAGGUAUAAAAGAUUCGUCCUAGCCGAAUAUAAUUAGUUACUUUUUAUUUGUGAAAUUCUGUUAACAAAACAUUUAUAGCCAUAUUAGUUUUAGUAUUAACGAUGUUUAACGUCUUUUAAAUUUAUUCUUUUUAUUAAAAAAA